UCCAGACCACCUGUUGCACCCUGAGGACACUUCCCCUCUUGAGGCUCUGAGGAAAUGCGUCGCCCGCCGGUGGCUUCACUCCUUAUUUGCUUCUGGUUGGUGGAGAGGAGCCACUGUAACGGUAGCCUGCAGGAGAGCAUGGGAGUAUUGCACACCAGGUUCGCCCUCAGCCUCUACCAGACGCUCACCGAGACGGAGAACAACUCCAACCUGAUCGUGUCUCCUGUGAGCGUCUCCUUGUCUCUGGGUCUGCUGCAGUUUGGGGCCAGGGGCAACACGCUCGCUCAGCUGGAGGGCACGCUGGGUUACAACGUCAACGACGCUAAGGUACAUGACCUCCUGUUGCAUUCCCAGGGUGACGAGAGCAACACCAGCCAGGGGAUGUGGCUGCAGCAGACGUGCACGUUAUUCAUCCAGAGUGGUGUUCAGCUCCUGACUGAGUUCACACAGCACGCAGCCGUCUGGGCCAACACCAGUGUGGUCCGGGCCAACUUCAGCCAACCCAACCACACCCGCAGCCCGCAGGAGAGCCCGAACCACAACCAUGAUGAGACGUGGCCCCUCCAGGCAGGAAGCAGCAGCGGGGAGCUGUCGGGCUCGGGCGAGGCCCAGACGGAGGCUCUGUGGUGGGGCCACCGGCUGCAGAUGGCCCUGGUCAACACGGUGGCCUUCAGGGGCAUCUGGCAGAAACACUUCCUCUUCACCAACACCCAGAACCUUCCCUUCACCCUCUCCGACGGGAGCGCUAUCAAGGUGCCCAUGAUGUACCAGGCCACAGAGGUCAGCUUCGGUCAGUUCAGGACGGCAUCAGACCUGCGUUACACCGUGCUGGAGCUGCCUUACCUGGGCCGCUCCCUGAGCCUGCAGUUGGUCCUGCCCAGCGAGAGGAAGACGCCGCUGUCCUCCCUUGACUCCCAGCUCAACACUCGCCAACUGGCGUCCUGGGACACUGGCCUACGCAGAACCAAGAUGGACAUUUUCCUGCCCAGGUUCAGGAUACAGAACAAGUUUAACCUGAGGUCGGUGCUUCCCGCCAUGGGCAUCAGUGACGCCUUUAACCCAACAGCGGCUGACUUCACUGGGAUUUCAGUGGAGGAGGGCCUUUAUGUGUCUGAUGCUUUCCAUGAAGUGAGGAUAGAAGUCACAGAAGACGGGACAAAGGCUGCUGCUGCCACAGCUAUGGUGCUACUGAAACGAUCCCGUGCUCCUGUUUUCAAGGCGGACCGGCCGUUUUUGUUUCUGCUGCGACAGGUUAACACAGGAUCCGUCUUAUUCAUGGGCCGAGUGAUGAACCCAGCAGACCAAGCACCCUGAAAUUCAUUCAUAACCUGACACCUAUUUCACUACUGGUAUUUAUUUGUGGACCAACAGGAGGGUCCACGGACACUUCAGGAAGAGGGA